AGUGCCACGGUGGCGCUGGUGGCGGCGGAGAGGCAGAAUGCCUACGGCCCUGCCAGCUUCGCAACCAUAACCUGUAAUCCCGACCUGAGCCCCGCCCGCCGGGGAGGCUCCCCGCCCGCCUCUCCUGCGGCCGCUGGUCGCCUCCAACCUCUAAUCACCCGGUUCAUCGGCGGGUUGAAGCACCUGCCGGAUGUGGGGAGGGAGGAGGAGGGCAGAUCUAAGCACCGUCUCCGGUCCGCGCCCCGGUGGUGAAGCUGGGUGGGCAAGCCUGCAGUUGUUCCCAGGAAGCCGGCCCUGGGCUGCGGGGAGGCGACGUUGGUUGGCCCUGCCUCCAGGAGCGCCCAGACAUCGAUGUAAAAUUACUUGGCACCAGAGCCCCUACCGCCUCCCCAUCAUGCAGCUGCUCGAGACUACCCCAGGGACUGUAAAGUCAGAUGGGACGGGGCCUAGCCGUUCAGCCAACACUUAGAGCUUCUCGGCCACUUCCCUACCCCCACUCCCCGUCUCCAGUCCUCACACCCCUCCUUCUCUCCCAGCUUCGGUGUCUGGUUACGGCUCCUCUGCUCUCAUUGUGACUUUGGGCCAGGCUAGGGGGAAAUGGUCCGGGAAGGUCCCGUGCGGCUGCAUAAAAUUGGCAGCCUCAGAACUAGGGGGAAGGCGGGUGUGCGACGUCGAGGGGCGGGGAGAGGGGGCGGAGGAGCUGCUCUCUGAAUCCAAAUCUGUAGGCCCUCAGAAAUCCUCAGGAGGGAGCCGAGGUGGCUGGAGGGCCCAGCUGACUGUGCACCUCUGCUUUCUUUCCAUCACCUCCUUUUUCGGACUGGAAUCACGACUGCUCCCAGGGGCCCAGUCCUGGACACUAGGGUGCCACGAAUGCGCUGAUGCCCCAAGUGCUCACAGGGCUUCCAGCUAACCAUGCUGCAGUCCCUGGCAACUGCCUUGGCGCUGCCCCUGCUACCGCUAUUGCUGGUGGUGCGGACGCCGCCCCCGACCGGCGCAAGGCCAUCCCCAGGCCCGGAUUACCUACGGCGUGGCUGGCUGCGACUGCUAGCGGAGGGCGAGGGCUGCGCUCCCUGCCGGCCGGAAGAGUGCGCCGCGCCGCGCGGCUGCCUGGCGGGCUGGGUGCGCGACGCGUGCGGCUGCUGCUGGGAAUGCGCCAAUCUCGAGGGCCAGCUCUGCGACCUGGACCCCAGUGCUCACUUCUACGGGCGCUGCGGCGAGCAGCUUGAGUGCCGGUUGGACGCAGGCGGCGACCUGAGCCGCGGAGAGGUGCCGGAGCCGCUGUGUGCCUGCCGCUCGCAGCACCCGCUCUGCGGGUCCGACGGCCGCACCUACGCCCAGAUUUGCCGCCUGCAGGAGGCCGCCCGCGCUCGGCCCGACGCCAACCUCACUGUAGCGCACCCCGGGCCCUGCGAAUCCGAGCCCCAGAUCGUGUCACACCCAUACGACAUUUGGAAUGUGACAGGGCAGGACGUGAUCUUUGGCUGUGAGGUGUUUGCCUACCCCAUGGCCUCCAUCGAGUGGAGGAAGGACGGCUUGGACAUCCAGCUGCCAGGAGAUGACCCCCACAUCUCUGUGCAGUUUAGGGGUGGACCCCAGAGGUUUGAGGUGACUGGUUGGCUGCAGAUCCAGGCUGUGCGUCCCAGUGAUGAGGGCACCUACCGCUGCCUUGCCCGCAAUGCCCUGGGUCAGGUUGAGGCCCCUGCUAGCCUGACAGUGCUCACACCAGAUCAGCUGAAUUCUACAGGCAUCCCCCAGCUGCGGCCACUAAACCUGGUUCCCGAGGAGGAGGCUGAGAGUGAAGAGAGCGAGGAUUACUACUAGGUCCAGAGCUUGGGCUCAUUGGGGUGGGUGAGCAGGCAUGGUGCUCAAUCCUACUCUUGAAAAGACCUGGAAACGGGGAACAGGGUCCCUUUGUGGAUUGCUUUAUGCUCUUAGUAGGGGUGAUCAUGGUGGUUGGGGGUCUACUUGUCUCCAGGGUAGAAGAGGGUGGUAGG